AUGUUACAGAGGGGAUCCACGGUCCAUCCCUCUUCGCAAGGCUCUUCUCCGAACGAAACGCCGAAGGAUCCUCGAUGGGAGCUGCCAGCGCCUCCUCAGCACAGUGACCAGCUCAAAGAAGCUGUCGAGACCGAGCCGCAGUCCUCGGGUGGUAGUCCUAUCCCUGUGCCGGAAGAAGGGGAGCAACUGCAGCAACCCGUUGCGCGCACCUUUGGUGUGUAUAACAUCCUCAACCCUUCGGACCACCGAGGAGCGAGCUCGACAGAGCAGCGCAUAAUCGAUCCAAGGGCCGAGAAUGAGGGAGACACAGCUGUCAUGCAAGGUUCGCCUCACUAUCACCAUACCGAGUCGCCAUCCACGGGGACAAAACGUCAAAACGUCGAAGAACAAACGCUAGAACGCGGCAAUAUAUCACUUCCACCCAUAGCGGGCUCGUCGAACCCUUCGCCCUCGACAGACCGGCCCUCGCCGACCCUUGCACCCCAUUACAGCAUGGGUGGAGUCCGGCGAAUACUGACACCGCGGUCGCCUCUGACAAGAGCACUGUCUCACAGUUCCGUGCCGUUAUCGACGACCAAAGGACGCCAUGGCUACGGCGCGCACACGGGAUCGCAGUUAGCUGCACAGCAUUAUGAUGACAGCCCGCCUCCAGGUUCCAUCAUUGACAGGCCAUCUGAAUCAGCGUUCUUUCCUGCGUCAUCGAUGCCGCCACACCCUGCUCUUCGCUCUCUUUCCCAACCCGGUCUUGGGUUCCAAACUCCGGAUACACAGAAUGCAGGUCUUCCCAGUCUUGACUGGUCUCGACGAUCUACAGCGCUCGCAGCUGCGACAGGAUAUGGAGGCAGUCCAUCACCAGGAGGAGUCGGCUCGCUGACGGGAGGAGCGCCCGGGGCUGUUUCAGGGGAGCAGUGGUCUUCUGGGCCUGCCAGACUUGGACAGGGCAACACUGGUGGAAUUACAGUCGGAGAUACCCAACAGUAUAUAACUAUCACGCCGACUCACGGCGAAGAAAUUCGUGUUCCUGUGGACAUCCACCAGGCCUCCCGCCAGGCAGACGAGAAGCGACUACGGAAUGCCGGGGCUUCAGCUAGAUUCAGGGCCAGGAAGAAGGAAAAGGACAAAGAGGUGCAAGUGGGCAUGCAGAGACUGGAGUCGCAAAACCGCGAGCUGCAGAAGCGUCUGCAAGAGGCGGAAGCCGAGAGGGACUUCUACCGCAACGAACGCAACAGGCUGCGGCACAUUAUGUAUCGGGAGCCAGGUUUGAGGGAAGCGGCCGAAUCUGGACCGCCCAGUCCAACGUCAACAGCGCGGAGUGGAGGAUCGUUCAUUGCCGAGCACAGCCCAAUGCCAGCGUUACCACCGCAGCAGCCAUCGGUACCUGCACCCUCGUACUUCAACGAGCCUCCGAAUGUCGAACCACCAGCUAGGCGUCGAAGAACGGAUCCUGCGCCGGGCAUCGAGUUCUCGACACCAGCAUAUGGAUCGCCAGGCUCCACACCGCUCCCCCCGAUUCCCGUCCCGACCUUCGUCCCUGCUUCUGGCUUGCCUCUCACGUCUCCCUCAGGCCAACGAUUGCCUCCCCUUCGUGGCCUGGGCUCGUCUCAAGCACUGGCCGGCCCUGACAGCGGGCCGCCACCGCCGCCCUCUCUUCCUGUCGGUACCCAACCGGCGCAGUUGGCUCCGUAUGGUCGGCGUCCGUACGACAGCCACUGGCAGGCCGGUCCGAGGUAUCCUCAUGACCAAGGACAGCGCUGA